AUGGUUAAAGUAUUACUUGCUAUCAGUUCAUACCACGGAAAAUUCUACCCAGAGGGUUCUAGAACAGGAGCUUAUCUCACUGAAGUGUUGGAACCAUUUUUAGAGUUUACCAAGAAAGGUUAUGACAUCACAAUUGCUUCCGAGACGGGGACCUUUGGCUGGGACAGCCACAGUGUCUUGUUUGAAGGAUUGACCUUCCAUUGGGGAAACAUCUACACUGCUUUUUUCAACAAAAACUCAAAAUUCAACAAAGCCAUGAAAAACGUCAGGAAAGCAUCUGAUGUCGAAGACGAACAUUUUGACAUCUUUUUCGCUAGUGCUGGACACGCCACCUUGUUUGACUACCCUACAGCUAAAUCGUUGCAAAAGAUUGCUGCUGAUACCUACAAUAAUGGUGGUGUUGUCACUGCAGUCUGUCACGGACCUGCCAUUUUCGAGAACCUCAUCAACCCAGCAACUGGAGAACCUUUGAUUAAAGGUAAGAAGAUUACCGGGUUCACUGAUCACGCAGAAAAGACUUUACACCUCACAAACUCAAUCAAGAAACACAAUUUGGUCACAAUGGAAGGUGUCGCUAAAAAGGAAGGAGCUACAUACGUGGCACCCAAAGGUGACUGGGAUUCAUUCACCGUUGUUGAUGGCAGAAUUGUGACUGGUGUCAACCCACAAUCAGCCCUUAAGGGUGCCAAAGACACUAUUGCCACUUACGAAAAGACCAGAAACCAGGCGAAAGCUGAAGAGUAA